GACUGACAGCCACCCUGCAGAGCGCCCGGCGUUUGGCAAGAGGCCCCUGAGCCAGGCGGUGCUGGUGGAGGGCACAGCAGAGUUUGCCUGUGAGGUGGUGGGAGACCCCCAACCUGCCGCACGCUGGCGCAAGGAGGAGGGCGAGAUGCCACUGGGAAGGUGGGAGGUGCUCCCAGACAACACCCUGAGGAUCAGCCGGCUGCAGGCAGAGGAUGAGGGCACCUACACCUGUGUGGCUGAUAACAGCGUGGGCAGGUCAGAGGCAUCAGGCACCCUCAUUGUGCAUGUGCCCCCCCAGCUUGUCACCGGCCCCCGUGACCAGGCUGUCACCCCUGGCCAGAGUGUGACCUUCCAGUGCCAGAGCAAGGGCAAUCCACCACCUGCUGUCUUCUGGCAGAAGGAGGGGAGCCAGACCCUGCUGUUCCCGGGACAACCCCCAGUCCCCUCCGGCCACAUUUCAGUGAGUGCUGGCGGUGCCAUGACCAUCGCUGACGUCCAGCCCAGUGAUGCCGGCCACUACCUGUGCCAGGCCAUCAGUGUAGCUGGCAGUGUCCUGGCCAGGGCACGCCUGGAGGUGAUGGGGGGUGAUGAAUCCAACCUGUCCCUGCCUUCCCCUGCACCUGGUAUCCUCCCUAGGCCACCCUCCACCCCUGUGGUCACCAACGUCACCAAAAGCAGUGUCACCCUGAGCUGGAAAGGGAAUGAGGACAGUGGUGCCACUGAUGUCACCUCGUACAUAGUGGAGGCUUUCAGCCAGGCGGUGGGUGGCCCAUGGCAGACGGUGGCAGCUGAUGUGGAGGGUGAGACCCACACGGUGAGCGACCUUGUCCCCGACACUGUCUACCUCUUCUUGGUGCGGGCGGUCAAUGCCUAUGGGCUCAGCGACCCAAGUGGAGUCUCAGAGCCUGUGCGUACCCAAGCAGACACCAGCCCCACGCAGCAAGGGCUGGACCCUGAGCAGGUGCAGCGUGAGCUGGCACAGGUGGCUGUGCACCUGCAGGAACCGGUGGUGCUGCCGCUGGGCGCCGUCCGCCUUUCCUGGACU